AUUCCAAAAUCAACAAACAAAUUAUUCCUUACAACAAAUAUAACAACAAUUUUGUUCUAUGGCUCGAAGAAUUUGGAGUGAGGCAGAGGAGAGUCGAUUGCUUUCGGCCCUUAUGAGCAUGAUACAAGCGUCGAUGUGGAAUGCUGCGCAGGGAAUCUUUAAUCCCGAGUACGUGAAUUAUCUCCAAGGUGUCAUGGUUGUUGAAUUUCCCGACGCUCCUAUAGAGGAAUUCCAUAUUAAAACCAAGAUUAUGAGGUGGAAGCGGACUUGUAAGAUAAUUAUGAACCUAAUUCAUGCUCCCGGAUUUGAUUGGGAUCCGACCCGACACGAGGUGGUGGCCGAAGAUGAUGUGUGGACUGCAUAUAUCCAAGAUCAUCCACAAGCUCGGAUGGCAAGGGGCAUGCAAUUUUCACAGUUCAAUGAUUGGUGCCUUUGCUUCGUUCACCCCAACCCGUAGAUGUCUGUUUUAAAAGCUAUUUCUUGGGACUUACGUUGUUGAUUUUCGUUAUAUGUGUGUUUUCAUGAACUUUGUGGAGCAGUUAUUUAUUUCUAUUGAAAUAAGAUUUGCAUGUUAUGUAUCUGUAUGAUGUACGUAAUUAUUAUAACAAUCUCAGUUACACAA